UUCAUCGCCCAUGAAUCCAAUAUUUCAUUCUGGCGACGUGGUGAGCGGCACUCUGCACACAGAGAGAGACAGAGAGAGAGAGAGAGAGAGAUGGCUUGGAGCGCGACGAUGAUCGGAGCACUACUGGGACUGGGCACCCAGAUGUACUCAAACGCACUCCGAAAACUCCCUUACAUGCGCCAUCCAUGGGAGCACGUGGUGGGUAUGGGACUCGGGGCCGUCUUCGUUAACCAGCUCGUCAAAUGGGACGCUCAGCUCCAGGAGGACCUCGACAAGAUGCUCGCCAAAGCCAAGGCCGCUAACGAGCGCCGCUACUUCGGUUACAAUUCACUCGUUUUCAAAUCCAGCUGUUUUCUGUGCAACUCUAGAAUCUCUUCUUUGAUGAAGAUGACGAUUAACUUGCUUUUCCAUGGAUUGUGGCAGCUUCAGACAAGGCAUUCUUGUUUUCAGAAAAUGUUGUCUUCAAGUUAGAUGCAUGUUUGCUUUCCAGUUAAUGUUGCUCUGUUCGUAAGGCUGAUAGAACUCUUUCAAGUCAAUACCCAUUUUUACACAAUUAUUUAGAUGCUUUCAUGAUGCUGACUGGCUGAUGUAAAACCUCUGCCAAUAAAAUGAAUCACUUGAGCUACUCUUUCAAGUAAAAACUAUUUUGUAAA